GAUAUAUUUAGCUUUCCCUAUAAAUAAAACAGAUAAAGAUUCAAGACAUGUAAUAAAAGUGGAAUAUCAAGAAAAUGGCCCGUUAUUUUCAGAACUUAAAUUUUAUCAGAGAGCUGCAAAAAAAAAGACUAUAUCAAAAAGUGGAUAGAACUCAAACAACUUGAUUAUUUAAGAAUUCCUCUAUGUUAUGGGUCUGCUCUGACUGAAUACAAAGGAAGAAGUUACAGAUUUAUGGUAAUGGAAAGACUAGGAAUGGGUUUGCAGAAGAUCUCAGACAAGAAUGGUACUUUUAAAAAGUCAACAGUCCUGCAGCUAGGUAUCCGAAUGGUAAGACUGACUGACUUACUUCAUAUGCUCCAAUUUGUUCAUGGUGACAUAAAAGCAGCAAAUCUACUUUUGGGUUAUGAGAACCCAGAUCGGGUUUAUCUUGCAGAUUAUGGACUUUCUUACAGAUAUUGUCCCCAUGGGAACCACAAACAGUAUCAGGAAAAUCCUAGAAAAGGCCAUAAUGGGACAAUAGAGUUUACCAGCUUGGGUGCCCACAAGGGAGUAGGCCUGUCCAGACGAAGUGACGUUGAAAUCCUUGGCUACUGCAUGCUGCGGUGGUUAUGUGGGAAACUUCCCUGGGAACAGAACCUGAAGGACCCUGCGGCUGUCCAAACUGCUAAAACAAAUCUGUUGGAUGAGCUGCCUGAAUCAGUGCUUAAAUGGGCUCCUCAUGGAAGCAGUUGCUGUGAAUUAGCCCAAUUUUUGGCAUGUGUUUGUAGUUUAGCAUAUGAUGAAAAGCCAAACUAUCAAGUGCUCAAGAAAAUUCUGAACCCAGGUGGAAUACCUUCAGGACCGUUGGCAUUUUUCACUGAAGGACAGAGCAUACCUGUGCGAACUCCAAACAGUGUAAAAGUUGAGUCACGGAAGGCUGCAACAAAGCACGUCAAUCAGAUGCAACACAGGUUAAUAGAAAAAAACGCCCACAGUGAGAGAAGCACCGAGUCCCUGGCAGCACGGAGAAAAGUGCAGGAAGAAGAGCAGCUGAUUGGAUGGGCAGAGACUGGAGCAGCUCAGGAAAGCAGCGGAAGAAGAAGACACAAAUAUCACAAGUCUCAGGAACAUCCGACUGAAGAAAACCGUUUCCCAAAUUCACUUUCUGAACCCCAUGGUGGUUUUACCAGUCCAGAUUUAUUCAACAAGUCACAGUCUUCACCUUGGUAUAUAUCUACUUCCACUAUUAAAAAGGAGGUCACAGACUUAGAAAGGUCUACAGGACUGUGGCCGUCCCAGUUUACAUUUCGUGAAGAGACAAGCACAGAUUUGUACUAUUACAGCUUGCCCAUACUUUUCCUUUUGAUAUCGGUAUAUCUUGCUUUAUAUUUUCCUCUGAAGGCAUUUCCUUUUGAUAAAGUUUCCAGCUCUUCACAGACAUGUUGCAUUCUUCUUUUAGGGUUUCUUUCCAGACAUUUUCAAGGUAAUUGGCUUAAAAAAAAAAAAAAGAAAAAGCUAUUUUAACAAAAUUUGAG